UGUCCUAGAAAAUGUGCGAAGCGCGCUACGACAAUGCGUUUUAAACAGGCAACGCCGGAAGUAUUGUUGUUGUUAUCCAUUGAAUCCUCAUCUGUCAAUGAGUUACCCAUAUCAAUCUGAUUCUGAAUCAACGAAAAUUCGACGCACAUCAUAUGGUAUAUCUACCAUCUGGCACGCGGCGUCGACUUUAUAUCAACUACAACGAAAGAUCGUGUCGCAUUAAUCGAAUUUGGCGAGACCUUAGAAAAUUCCGAAGCGGCGCGCGGUAGACGUGGUAGCGCGCGAUCAGCAACGAUUGUGGCCGUGAUUUGUGCAUUACUCUCUUUCGCUUGCCAACCACUAAGAGAAACUUUACUUUUGUGAUACAAUUAUUUGGCUGUGAGACGACGAGUGUUAAAGAAUAUACGCGUAAUCGGGUAAAAAUUACGUGUGCACGUGUAUUGAAUAUCAAGUAAUAUCGACAAAUAAUGUACGAGGGUUGUGUCGUUCGUUUUGGAAUAAAUAAAUAACGCAAGCGAAAACAAGUUUUUUUUUGUUGGUUUUAAAAAAGAGCAUCGAUCGAUUGCAUAUAGGAUCGAAGAUAGUAAUUGCAAAACACCUAGGAGAUCAUCAGCUUUCGACAUGGUGCAACAGGAGCAGGCUCACGAUGCUAAGCAACAGAUUGCGACCAGUCCAGAGGAUACUGAGGACAUACCUGCUGGACAGCAAGGUCCUCAAGUUCCGAGGCGAAGAGGAGGCAUCUCCGCGGAGCCGGUCUCUGAAGAAGAUGCGACAAGUUAUGUUAAAAAAGUUGUGCCCAAGGAUUACAAAACAAUGGCUGCCUUGAGUAAAGCCAUCGCAAAAAAUGUCCUCUUCGCUCAUCUCGACGAGAACGAACGUUCUGAUAUAUUUGACGCCAUGUUUCCUGUCACGUUUUUGCCCGGAGAGGCAAUUAUUCGUCAAGGCGACGAAGGUGACAACUUUUAUGUAAUCGAUCAAGGAGAGGUCGAAAUCUUUGUCAAUGGUGAACUAGCCACGACCAUAGGAGAAGGUGGAAGUUUCGGUGAACUUGCGUUGAUAUAUGGGACUCCACGUGCUGCGACUGUUCGAGCAAAGACCGAUGUUAAAUUAUGGGGUAUCGAUAGAGAUUCAUAUCGCAGAAUUCUCAUGGGCUCUACAAUAAGGAAACGAAAGAUGUAUGAGGAGUUCCUUUCCAGAGUUUCAAUUUUGGAAUCUUUGGAUAAGUGGGAACGGCUCACAGUAGCCGAUGCUUUAGAACCGGUGGCAUUUGACGAUGGUGAGACAAUAGUUCGGCAGGGUGAACCGGGUGAAGAUUUUUACAUAAUCGUCGAAGGCACAGCUGUUGUUUUACAGCAACGUUCAGAGGGUGAAGAAUUAGCGGAAGUCGGUCGUUUAGGACCAUCUGAUUAUUUCGGUGAAAUUGCAUUGCUAUUGGACAGGCCGAGAGCAGCGACUGUCGUGGCGCGAGGCCCUUUAAAAUGUGUGAAACUCGACCGAGCAAGAUUCGAGCGAGUUUUAGGUCCGUGCGCGGAUAUUUUGAAACGCAACAUCACUCAGUAUAACAGUUUCGUGUCCCUAUCCGUAUAAAUUGUCGUACCAGUGACAUUAUCAGCCAUCCUGGUUUCUUUUCAUGAAAGUACGUUUCAAUAUUAACAUUUUUUAUUUGAGUAAUAGCGUAAGUAAUAACCGUACUGUUUCGGCUAACGAUACUUGUGUUAAGAAUUAUAUAUGUUGAAUUAUGCACGACUGUCUGUUAAAAUUGUAUGAUGUGGCAUGAAAACAACUUGAUAUCAUUUUAUACAAUGUUGUAUUUUUUGAGUCUAAAUUUUAAUAGAUUUGGAAUUGAAGAUCUAAAGUAUUUUAUUCUCUUUAUAAAUCAAUAAGAUAGUUGUAUUAUUAUUAGAUAGUUAAAUAAAUAUAGCUCGAGCAAUUCUUUUAAAACUUUGUGCGUAGUGUUAUUUUUUUGUCAUUGUAUUUGUUACAUAAGUAAUUUUUAUGCUCAUUUUAUCAAUCUAUGCAAUUAACACAUGCUUCUGCAACGACAUAUAUAAUUCUUAAAACACAAACUAAAUAAUUAGAAAUGUCGUGAUACAUCAAGUUAUUACGCACUUUGUAAUUCGCAAUGCUGCGAUAUAGAGGUCGAAUUUUAGCCACUUUUACACGAACAUAUUUUCCGAGAAUGUACGAAAUCCGUGAAAACAUUUGAAAAAAAUCGAUAAAUCUAUGCUCCAUUUCACAAAAUUUUUCGACGAUGUUUGAUGGAAUGAAUAAAACAAAAUGUUGUUUUCGUUAUUGAAUUUUCGGUUUCAAUUUCCAUUGCGAUACUGUUUUUAUUUAUUUUGUCGGACUUAAAAUGAAUUUAAUAGUUUUUACGAUAUGUGAGAUAGCUAGGAUUAUUAUAUGCAUUUCACGACGUGGUUAAUUUAUACACAUGCUUGUGUAUGAUUUGAAAAAAAUAUAUAUAUCUAUAUAAAAAAACAUUUAAUUUAAAUAUUUGUGUAACAAUGAAUUAAAAAACUAAAACUUAGCUGUAACAUCGCACAAUUUUAUUGGCGACUUGUGCACAAAAACCGAACCGAUUGAAAAAACUUCACAUUAAAUAACUGCAUUGGUUGCUCAUACUAUAUUGCAUUGUAAACGGAUAUUGUAAUCAAUAAAAAGAACAUGUUUUAAU